GCCAAGAUGACUGCCGUGGAAUACGAAGACAAUGAAUCCAAGUUUAUCAGAAAAGCCAAAGAGAAUCCAUUCGUCCCUGCAGGGUUGGCUGGGUUCUUUGGCAUCGUGGCGUACCGACUGUUCAAACUGAAGAGCAGAGGAGAGACGAAGAUGUCAGUCCACCUGAUUCACAUGCGUGUGGCUGCGCAGGGCUUCGUGGUGGGAGCCAUGACUUUAGGAGUGGUCUAUUCUAUGUACAGAGAGUACGUUCUCAAACCCGCCGAAGCACAGAAAGCGUUAGAGCAGAAGGCAUUGGAAAAAAAGUGUUAGAUUCCCGCGAUGUCCUUAAUAGCAACUUUUAAGGUGUCCUUUUGUAUUUAUUGCUAACAUGAGAACUU